GCAACUUGCAACUUGCAACUUUGCCUUCUCUGGAGCUGUUUGUUGAAAGCUGACCAUGACUGAGCACUCCUUACUCCGGACAGAGUACAGCACUAGUCACUAGUCACUAGUCACUCGUCACCCUCGAAAGCCGCCCGCUCGACAGCAGCAUACACAGCACAUAACCGGGUGCUCCUGCUGGUGAGGGAUGCGCUCCGUCAAGUCGAGGCUGUUGUCGGCAUGGGCGUGCGUCCUGACUACUGCUCGAGCCCUUCCCCAAGGCCAUGGAAACGUUGUUGGACAUGGUGAUGGAGCGACACCGAGGCCCUGUGAAUCGUCCGUCUUGGGAUGGACCGUCGGCGGCACGUAUGCGCAGGCCAAAUUCAGUCUCUGUCUGAGCCAAGGCGACGACACGAGCCAUGAUGACGAAUCCCUGGUCCUCGACUUCUCCACCUUCGCUGCCCACGAGAGCUGUGGCGACUCGUCCAACAUCACCUUGAACGACGUCCAGCUGCCCCAACAAUGGCUGGCUGAUACCGCCUCUGGUGUCGGCUCCUUCUCUGUCCCCGCCCUCCACCCUGGCGACGAUGCCUUGGCGCCUUACCACGACUUGGACUUUGAGUGGGAGUCUGCUUGUCUAAGGCCCAACCCCCCGAAGACAGCCGACGUGCAAUCAACGAGUCAUCCCAACGAGAGUGAGACUGCUGUUGCUGCACAGGUCCUUAGCGUAGUCAUCAAAGCCGUCGAUGGAAAGCCCCUCCAGCAUCCAGCCGGUUUCACCAUCUCGUUCAAGCAGACUGCUCCUCCCCAGUUGCUCAGGUUCGCCGGCACUCCUAACCCUUCCGCUGGCAGCGAGGCCCAAGCCGAAGACUGGCGAGCUCCUCCUCCCCAUCUUCGGCUUGCCCCUGCCCAUCCCUCCUUGGAGGAACAUCUUCGUGACCUCCAGAGUCUUGAGGCCGAGUCACGUGAGCUAAACCGACUCAUCCACGAGAAGAAGAAGCACAUUCACACCCAACUGAUCAAGGAAGCCAAAGAAGCGGCGAGCGAGCUGCGGGACUGUGAGAACGUCACCUGUCUUCUCAACCUCAUCAAGCACAAGGCCCACGGCGCCUGGCGUCUCCUCGUCAUCCAGCUCCGACCCGAGCGGUACUCCCAACCAUCUGAAAUGGGUCGCCCUAACGACCCAUAUCAACAAGUAUGGCGGCCUGGCACCCAUGAGGCUACUAUCAAGGGAGACGGCUCUCCUUCACCGCCACCCUAUGAUGAAGCUGGGGAACCCGCUCGACCAAUCCAUGGCUCCGGAGGCUCCAAUGAAUCCGUCUAUGUCUGCGUCCUGAAGAUCGUCGUUGGUGUCUUGUGCUGCGGCUGCCUGGUUGGCGUCAUCCGGCACCGCUGCUCCUCUCCUCGCUCACGGACAGCGCCCACCAUCGACGAAGAGCGCAACGACUUCUCACCCCACCGACGCCGUGGGCCAAAGAGCCCAUGGCGAGCCUGGUGGCGCCGCAGGAGUCGAUGGGACCAGGAACGCAUUGAAGACUACGAGGAGAAGCGGGCGCUGAUCAACCCUCAUGAGAUGAUUCUCGAAGAAGCCAUGCAGGAGGAAAUUCGCCAGCUACGAACCGCCCACGGUAUCGUGAACUCGCUGGUACAAGCCGAGGAAGGGCGUAUCGUCACGUCGCAGAGCACAGGCCAUAGACACUGCUCCUGUAACCACGGCUACUCCAUCCCUCCGUCACCUACGUCUUCGACCUACUCGUCGGACUCACUGGCUGACCUCUCUUCGCGCCCGCUCUCCCGGACCAGCAGUCUCCCCGGUUAUCAUUCCGACACUUCCACGGCUCCGCCAGCAUAUGAGAGUGACGAUGAUGUGGGGGAGUUGGUCGCCAAUGGUUACAGAGUCAACCUCUCCACGAUGUCCAACGCGAGCAGGUGGACGCCGGACAGUAGCGUCGUCGAUGUCAGUCCACGUCCCAGCGCCGAGACAUUGCGAUAUCUUGAAGCAACCGACACCGGCGGCCACGAGUCGGUGUACUAAGAAGCUAUUUUUCUUGAGGGAAUCGAACUGCUCGAUGAUCCGAGCGGGCAUUCUGGUUAUAGGCUUGCAGGUUCAGGCGUUCAGGGACUUCAAGGGCUAUCGGCUCAUGGCAUUCACGGUUGAGCUCUCCUUUUCCAGUUUCCGUAGCAGCAUUGCCGUUUGUAUAAGGGAAGUCUCUGGAAUCCCAUUUCGAUAUCACGUUUUU